AUGCACACCAGAUACCACCGCAAAAAAAUUAAGUCCAACCUACGGCAAUUGGGGCAUCUGCGACACGAGGUGCAACAGAACGCCCAAAAUACGUCGCAAAAGGCCCCAGGCACAGCACUGCCGCCCAAGAUUCCCUUGAUCAUCCGAGACAUGACGUGUGCUGAUGGCACGCCCCUGCUCGUCCCCAAUGCGCGAGAACCCACACACUUCAGCAACAGCGAAUUCGAAGGCCACGUGUUGCCGAAAUUCAAACCACAACCAGAAGACCCGUACUACAAACCGUACUUUGAAGGCAAGAAGCGAAACUUUGAGAUACAGGUGCAAGGACAAUUCAAGAAGAGUUCGGAGGGGUCUGAUCUGUACUUGGGCAUGGAGAUACCGGACCCGGUCCAGUUUGGCAUGGUGGUGAAGGCACUCGCGAAGCUCUGUGUUACUGUGAUAAACAGGACUAUCUCAGGUGCACACUACAGUUUUGGUACCGAACAGGAGCAGCCACACAUCGCCUUCCCCGCAGGCAGGGCCUUAGACCGCAUUGUCAUCACAGCACCAGGAGACACCCCUCCGCCAAUGGGGCUGCAGAUGUUCCCCGAAACUCUCACCAAGGCAGAGAGAUGUGCUCUGGUCCAUACUUAUGUCCCAGAG